AUGACCGCCAUGGACGGCGACGAGCUGCAGAGGCUAUGGUCCCUCAUCGAGGACCUCACUCACCAGCUACAGGCAAACAGGCAGCUCUGCGAAUCCCUCCAGCAGCAGGCAGACCAGCUAAAGGGCCAAGCCAUACACUCGGGCACCGGCUACGCCCUCCGCCGCUUCAACACCGACAUAACUAAGGAAAAGUUCGAGUCCGAGCUCGAACAGCUCAACGCCUACCUCGUAAAGGACAACCAGAGCCUCGCACACGAAAACAAGCAGCAGUCCAUCCUCCUCCGCGAGUACGAAAACACCCUCGAAACCGUAAUGGCAAAGUUCCGCAGCUUCUCGCACUCUGCUCAGCAACACACGCUCCAGCUCACAUCCCACUACGAGAACCUCCUGGUCAACACCACCCAGAACGCCGCAGAGGCCACCCUCGCCUCCGAGACGGCCUUCAGCGGCACCCUCCAGCAUCUCGGCGGACUCGUACGCAGGGCCCUCCGCACCAUGGACGGCGAGUCCAGCGAGACCGACGACGACCAACAGAGCAGCCCCAUUGACGCCCACGGCUCACGGCGGCCACACAAGCAACAGGGCGGGCUCCGGCACAAUGGAUGGCCCGCCGAUCCGCGCUGGUACGGCUCGGGCGGCUACACGGGCAGGGACCUCGAUCCCGAAGUCGAGCGCUCCGAGCGCGCGCUCGCCAUGCUCACAGACGAGGAGCGCCUCCGCAUCGAAAACGACACGCUGCGCGAGCUCCUCGAGCUCAAGGAGCGCAGCGACGCCCUCGUCUCGGACGCCCAGCCGGGCCGGCAACCGCAAGCCGCAGCGCCGGCCGAUGGCGCCGCCGUAUCGGGCUCCACCCUGCUCGGCCCCGUGACGCCGGUCAAGCCCAGCUCGACUGGGCCCCUCUCUCCCAGCGCGACGCUGCAGAGGAGCCCCACUUCGCCGACGGCAUCGCGCAACCCGCUGGCCAUCGACCAGGCCACCAUCGAGGCCGAGGGCAGCGGCCAGCCGCCGAUGAAGGCCCUCGAGAUUUCAGAGACGCUGCGCCCGGGCGAUCGAUCUCCGGUGCAAUCGCCCAUCAAGCGCAAAGACCAGAUCCUCGAGGAGGCUAUCGCCGAGGAGGAGGAAGAGGGACUCGUCGCGGGUGGCGCAGCGUCGACGGCGGCCACAUCAGCAGUCGAGGAGGGAACGGGGUCUGCAGCGGAUCAGCAGCAGCAAGGAGCGCAGCAGGGGCCAGAGGCCGGGCCAGCGGACGAGGGUGUGGCGCCAAAUCUGGUGGCAGAAGCGGCACCCUCUGCGCUCGUCUCGACGGGUAUCGAGAGCGGCGAAGGCGACGGCAACACCACCGUCACCUCGGUCUCGGGGGGCGAGGUUGGCACCGAUGCGGGACAGGUGACAAGUGGGGCGGCAGAGGCAAUAGAAGGUCACGGCGAAGGUGAGGAGGAGGUCAAGGCUGAGCCCCACGCUAUCGAGGCCGAGCCGGUGGGGGGCGAGCAAGAAGCGGCGAGGGAUGCGACCGAGGCGGUGGCGCCGCUCGAAGGGACAGAUAAGCCGUCGGGCGACUUUCCGGUGAUUGCAGCAGCAGCAGCAGCAGCAGCAGCAGCAGCAGCAGCAGCAGCCGCCGAGGGCGAGGGCGAAAGGAGCAGUGCGGCGCCAACCGUGCCUGCUGAGCCCACCACGACGGAGCAGGCCGCGCUGCAGGAUCCGGCGGCGGGUGUUGCUGGCAAGGCGGACGAGCAGGAGGCCGCUAGUGCCAUCGCACAGGACCAAGGCGGUAUGACGACGGCGGCGGGGGCGGCACCGGUGGCGGCGGAUGCAUCGGCAGGCCAAGAGGACGGGAUGGACAAGGAGACGCAGGAAGAUGCCGGUACCUCGGUCGAGGCCAAGGGGACAGACGAGGAGGAAAAGAGCGAGGAGCCGCCGGAUCAGGAUGCGACGGCCACGGCGUCUGCGACGUAG